AUGAACACCGGCAGCGCCAGAUUCGGCGAGACCUUCAUCAAUCUCAGCAUCAACCCACACGACGUUACCUUCAAGCGUGAUGGUAUCGUGGGCGAAGAUCGCUUCCUGCGUUAUCAGCCGUCGAUCUCGGAUCCGCAGCCGGCUCCGUGUCCAUCCGAAUUGUCCCUGGCACCGCUGUCUCUUGUGGAUCGCGGUAACCCCGCCUUCCAGCCGAAAUCGAUGGUCUGCUCCUACAUGGACCAUAUCUACACCGACACAGAUAUGGAGCCCGCAGCGCCGCUAUCCACCGAAUCGAAGCAAGACCACCUCUUGUGUUGGUGGUGCGCCCACCACAUCGAGGGAAACCCCGUCGGCUACCCGACCAAGAUGCGUGGGGAAAAAUACGAGUGCCGCGGGUACUUUUGCAGCUUUGAAUGUGCCAUGGCAUACGUGCGCGACAAGCCAUGCAAGCAGUCGAUCCCGCUCCUCGGCAGCAUGUACCGGGCCAUCACGGGCAACUCACCUCUGUCGCUGAAGAAGGCACCGCCCCGGGAAGCACUGACCUGUUUCGGCGGCACGAUGAGCAUCGAGCAAUUCAGAAGUCACUUUGACAACUCCAACACUAUCGUGCGGGUCAAGCACCAUCCAUACAUUGACAUCAAAGCACAGAGCAUCGACGAGAUUCCGCUCUCCACGACGAGCAACCCGAUCCCAUCCGUCGCCAACUCGAACCAGGAGCAGACCGUGUACAAUACCUUUGGAUCGGUGUUUGUAAGGAGUGAACAAGCGCAAGGACGAAGACCAAGUGCUUGGUAUGAGCUUUAUUAG